UUUGGUUUGGUUAGUUUUUAGUUGGCUAGUUGGAUCAAGACAACUCAUACUCCUACAUCGAUCGGAUCAAUACCCCCCUUACGAUAGUCCCCCCAGCCCCAGUCCCCCCUAUCAGAACCAAGCGAAUUGCAAUUGCAAUCCAACAUGUUUGAGUGAAAGACGCUAAGAAAUUACGCGUGAGUGAAAGAGUGCAAGAAAGUGCGCGUGAGUUUGUGGUGGGGAUAAAAAGGAAGCUCGUGAGUGGAGUACCGGAAUAUGGAAUACAGUGCCCGAAUAUAAAGAUACACACAAAAGACAAACUGCACCCGUACAGCUCCAAGCGAAGGCAAUCAAACGUGCGUGAGUGAACCGAAGCUAGUUUGUCGCGUGUGAGUGACACUGUCAAUGGAGGAUCGAACUUUAGCGAAUGGAAAAAAGUACGUGUGAGGUCGUGAAGAACCUGGAAUUGAAAGACCGUGAGCAGUCAGUGCAGGAGGAUCGUGACCGUAAAAGCGCGUGUAAGGCAGGGACAAGCGGCAAAAGCCCAGUGUCUAACAGCAGAUGCACAGUACAUACAUACAUAUGCAUGUACAUUGUACACUCAAUGCGAACAGCUAUACAUGUACAUUUGUAUGUACAAUGGUAUAAACAGGGGCACAUGUGCAUAUAAUUUUUUUGUGAUUUAUUUUUGUAGCUGCUCUGUUUUCUUUUUUUUUUUUUGUCGACUGUGCUGCCCGUGUCCGUAGCCGAUGAGCCGCCGUCUGAGGCUAAAAGGCCGAAAAGUGCAUAAAAUAGCCGUUACUUGUGGUUACCGCAAAGAACCGUUUUACCAAUUUUGAAAUGCCAAUGCCGCUAGACAAAAGCAUCAAGGAGAAGAGGAACACUGCAUCAACAGUGGCAGGAGCCGCCAUUACAAGAUAAUUUGGGAACCAUUUAAAAGCGUAAAGCCCGUACACACACACAAACACACAGAUACAAAAGAUAAAGAGAGCAAAUAAGACGAGAUCUCAGCGUAACGCCUACGGCAGCAAAAACGGGUGGGUGGCAGGAGGAAGGAGGAGCAACGAAAAAGCUGCUGACUACAACAAAAAUUCUCAAAUGGAGACGAAGAACCCACCCCCAGUGACGACUAGCAACUAUCACCACCAGCGGGCGCCACGCACACCGGAAAGCUACUUCAAUGUGCCAGAGUCGGUGGCACUGCUGAAUAUUGUGAAGUCGGAGCGGAUACAGAGCGCGUUCCAGUCGAACCGGAAGAACCAUGCCAGCGUGUGGGAGAUGGUGGCCGAGGUGCUGAACCGGUUCAGUGCCCGCAAGCGGACGGCCAAGCAGUGCUGCAACCGGUACGAGAACCUCAAGAAGAUCUACACGCAGCUGAAGAAGAAUCCGGAGCGCCACGUGCGUCGCAACUGGCCGUACAUGUUCCUGUUCAAGGAGAUCGAGGAGCAGCGCGGCGAGUGCUGGGGCUCCAACGGCAAGCGCCUGGCCCUCAUCUCCAAGAAUCACAACGAGCUAUCGUACUAUCAGCGCCGACGGCAGGCAGCCGAGCUCGGCGUCCUGCUGAACAAGGACAAUCUGACGCCCCACCAGCACAGCCUGCUGCAGAGCCUCAGCCAGAGCCAUGCACACUCCACGGAUUCGUCGCAGAGUGGGGCCAGCAAGCUGGAGCGCUUCCUGCCCAACCACUUUGUUGAGACGCAGCUGAGCGAGGUGCCCUGCUCCAACGGCAACGGGCUGACGGUGGGCAUGCCUGCCGGCGUCUACGACGACAAUCCCAAUCCCCUUCAGCUGCAUGUGGCUGGGGCUGUGGCGGCCGCCGCUGCUGCCGCUGCCGUGGCCGCCCAGAAGCGGAGCCAUGAACUGCACCUGAGCAAUGGCGGCUGUGUCCAGCUUCCGCCAGACGAGGACGAGGACGACGAGCGACAGAAUGCUGCAUUUAAGGAUCAUCAUCAUGGACACGUCCAUGGUCUGGGGCAUGGUCUUGGCCUCGGCCAUGGUCUGGGUCAUGGUCAUAGUCAUGGGCACAUGGAUGACACCGCCGAAGCGCCCGACUACGAGAAGGACUGCAAUGGAGCCCUCAACUUGCACCAUCAAACCAACACCAACAACGACAACAACAUAUCCAUGAAAUCGGAGCCACUUUCGGAGGGGGAGUUCAAUCCGGAUGACAUUCAGCUGAUGCAGACCAACUACAAUGGGACACAGAACUAUUACUCGCCGGGCAUGGACCAGAACAUCCUGCAUCCGGAUGUGAUCGUGGACACGGACAAUCUCUCCGACUGCAGCUCCUCCACCUCGUUGAAGAAGAGCAAGCGCAAGCUGUCCACCUCCACCGAUGGCGACAGCACCAACUACGAGCUGAUCGAGUAUUUGAAGCGGCGCGAGAAGCGCGACGAAGAACUCCUCAAGCGGAUGGAUGCACGCGAGGAGCGCUUCAUGAAUCUUCUGGAGCGGACGGUGAUUGCCAUUGAGACGCUGGCUGCGGGCAGGACGUCAGUCCCGGUGUUGGUGGCAGACACAGUCACACAGCUGGGUACCAACAGUCAGUCAAUAGCUCCUUCUCCCUCAGCACAGACACCACCAGCAACAACAGCGGCAGCAGCAACAGCAGCAGCAACAAUAGCAGCAGCAGCUUCACCGCUCCCGCCAGCAUCGUCCACUCAUCUGAUAGCCAAACCCUCCGAGCAGUCCAUCCCCGUAUUGUCAGUCAAAACGUCACCCAGCCCCCGCAGUCGCAGUCCGACAUUGGAGCGGGAGGAACCAAGCAGCGCUGUUGUUGUGGUCCCCGAUGAACCGGAAGUCGAUGCUCAGACCAAGGCACUGGCAGCGGGUGCUGCAUCUACAGAUGCGUAGGAUAUAUAUAUAUAUAUUUGUACAUGUAUGAACGCUCUCUAGAUCUACUACUUAAUCCCCCACAAUAUCUACCAAACACCACUCCUGAACCGGAUGGAGGAGACCCGGAUCGGAGAAAUUAGUACCAAAGACGAGCUACGUCUCGAAUUUUAAUUGAGAUUUGCAACGUUUACUUAGUGCCGCGGACGCAGCGCCAUCCCCGUUCCAUGACAGCCCACGUGCUUAAGGAUUCCCCCGAACGGAGGAAGCCCCAAUUGGAAUAUUGCGAAUCGCAAUGUUUGUGCCAGAAAUACUAUAAUUUAAAAAUGUUUACUUAGUCUAAGUUCAAACCAGAGGAGCAGCAAGAGCGGGUGGAACUCCGCAGUAUCAUUUAGAGUAGAGUUGUUCCGGCACUGCAUCUUCUCUGCUCUUCUCCUGCUGCUGGGUCGGAUCCGCCGAUUUGCCAUGAUUUUUAGUAAUCGAAAAUUUCUAUGAUAAUCUAGUUGCGAGCUGAAAUGGGGCUCAAAUGCAUUUGUGCAGGAACUUAUAAACAUAAUAAUCUCUCUCACUCUCUAUCUCUAUUUUUUUUUUUUUUUGUAUUCUAGGUAAAUACACAGUUUUUCGAGAAAAAAACA